AUGUAUUCACUCUUCAACCAUCGACUCGUUUUCGGCGAAGCGUGCAGCUUGAACACACCGGAAAAGCAGCAGUUCUUCGUGGCACAGGCGCCGGGCCAACCGUUAGUGGGUCACGCUCGUAUGUGCGAUACGCCUCAAGGCAAAGACGAGCCGAGAACAGAAACUCUUGAGCGAACUUUGAAGAUUCGUGUUGCAGCAGCUGACCCUCUCGAGGCAGAGUUUAUCGAUCGAGUACUGCAAGCUUGGAAAAGAGAGAGUGAGUCUGUGCUCGCGCGUUGCGACGAGCUCAACCGUCAAGGCUGGUCUGCUUUACAGAUUUUCCAGGAGAUUCGAGAUACUCAUAAUUUUGGCUUCACUGGGGCCCUUGGGCGGCACCGAGACAAGUAUCGGUCGCAGCUGCCAGCUCCGGGUAUUCGAGCUGUCCGUGAAGGCGCCUUUUUAGAUUGGAUGGAAGGUCUCGACUAUGGCACGAAGAGACAUGAUGCGAAGAACGCACUCUCUGCUGCGCUCCAAGUCCCGGCACUUUCCCCUCAAGAGAAAGCGAGGACCCAUCUUGAACAGAGGGAACGCUCAAAGCGAGCUCAAUUCCGAGUCGCGCCUUCGACGCGGGCUGUCAUCGCUCCGGACAACUCGGAGAUAUCGCUCAUAAUCAACGAGGACACGAGCGACUGUUUGGACAGCACCGCGCAAUCGGACUCUAUCGCUCUUAGAUUCCACGUUUUCAGUAUGGGACGAAAAUCCAUCCGACGCCUGAUGCGAGACGCCUCAGGCCGUCGAUCCAGCGUCAAACAUCUUAGUAUCGCUUUUGUGAAUGAUCCUGUGUCAUCAGACCCCGCGAACCCCAAAAUCGGAAUGACACUAAGGUCGAACCCACAGGAGUACUUUUUCUACCUGUGCUACGAUGGUUGUGAGAAACGCAAGCAACUCGAAACGCAAACACGAAACGAAGAGAGCGCUGGGAUCGGCAUCGAGCAAUGCGAUGCUCUGCAGCCCUGA